UUCUGGGCCACGCAUCAAGAGCAGACGGUGGGAUAAGACCUGUGGUGGAAUCUGAAAGAGAGUACUUUAACCGUAACCCCAAAAAAAGAAAGACAAAAGAAGACAUCAUGUCGGGCCAUUUUACCAGAGGACCAAGUUUUGGAAUGUCAGCCGAGGUCAAGAGCAAGUUGGCUGGGAAGUACGACCCGAUGAAGGAGGAGCAGCUGCGUCUGUGGAUCCAGGAAGUGACGGGGCGCCGCGUCGGCGACAACUUCAUGGACAGCCUGAAGGACGGGGUGCUCCUGUGCGAACUCAUCAACAAGCUGCAGCCGGGCUCAGUGAGGAAGAUUAACAACUCCGCAACCCAAAACUGGCACCAGCUUGAGAACAUCGGUAACUUUGUGCGAGCCAUCACUGAAUAUGGACUCAAGCCUCAUGACAUCUUCGAGGCCAACGACCUCUUUGAGAACACAAACUACACACAGGUCCAAUCUACACUGAUCACCCUGGCCGGAGUGGCCAAGACCAAGGGCUUCAACACCAAAUUUGACAUUGGGGUGAAGUACGCUGAGAAGCAGUCACGCAAGUUUGCCCCGGAGAAGAUCAAGGAAGGACGCAACAUCAUCGGCCUGCAGAUGGGCACCAACAAGUUAGCCAGCCAAAAGGGCAUGACCUCCUAUGGAACACGGCGGCACCUAUACGACCCCAAGGCUGGCAAUGAUAACCCUCUGGACCAGUCCACCAUCAGUCUACAGAUGGGCACCAACAAAGGAGCCAGCCAGGCGGGCAUGACCGCGCCUGGCACCAAGAGGCAGGUGUUUGACACGAAGGUGGACCUGCAGCACUGCGACACGUCGACCGUGUCCCUCCAGAUGGGCACCAACAAGGCUGCCUCCCAACGGGGCAUGACGCCCCUGGGCCUCCCUCGCCAAGUCUACGACAAGAACUACUGCUCCAAGGUCGACGAGUACUACAACGACACCUACUUCGACGGCUACUCUGACUAAGCUCGAUAAGGCAGAGAGGUCUGUCCACUCGAAAAGUAAACGACAACAAAAAAUGUAAAAUGUAAAAAAAAAAAUCAUAAUAAUAAUAAAAAAAAGAGAAUAGAAGAAAAGGAAGAAAAACACACACAACUGUUCAAGUCGUUAUUGUUUACGGUCAUGGCGUGACGGGUUCCGGGGGUCAUGUUGAUUGUGUUUGACUUGCAUUGGAAUAGCUUGAGACAUGCGACACUCCAUCUCUCACUACUGAGUUUAGUUUGACAGGGCGUGGGGACAGUAGUUUAGAUUUAGGCAGAGACGGACACUCCUGGUUCCAAAGAGUAAAAGUCCUGCCAAGUAUUUGAUCCAACAAUUUUGGAAACCAGCUCAUCCUAAUUAGCUGCCAGGUAGAUCAGAUAAUUAGUGAUUUCACCCGUGUUAAGUGCACAGGUAGAAAGAAUAUAUGGCAGGACUUUUACUCUUUGGAACCAGGAAUGUCCACCUUUGGAUUUAGGUAAGGCUUUGUUCGACUUGUUAAAUACUUCAAUUCUAACUCAAAUUGGUGUAGUUAGGCUACUUAAUUAUUCAACCGAAAUAAGCUAAAUAUUCCAACCGAUCCACUCCUACAAGAAGAUUUCAAAUCUGAAAUCCAUUUUGUUGUGUUAUUUUUAUAUUUACAUUUACAGCAUCCCCAAGAAUUAGUACAUAUUUGCUGCAAUGUGGAAUAUCUGAAAAAUAAACAUUAGUCUAAUGUAAAAAUAAAUAAGUACAUACUGUAAGCUGUCACAUACGACAACACAUGAAAUUGCUCUUUGGGAUAGGUAACUAGUAUCAAUAGUUUCAUCUUUUGAAAUGUAUCAAAUCUCAUUAUUGCCUUCAGAAUAACAUUCCUUUUAAUAAAGUGCCUCCCUAAGAGUCUGACUGAGGUUUACAGACACAUAUUGAUACUGAUUAGAUUUGUUUGAAAGGCUUACUGACAUACGUAGGACUUUAGGACCUCUAGUGUUGAGCUGGUGUUACUGCAAUGACAACCUAGGCACAACGGUCAUUAUUUUUUAUCCUAAAAUGUUUCAGUUCAUAGAUUAUUUUACAAUCAUGUCAUUUUGGACAUGUCAAGCAUGUUUUCCAUUUUAUCUGCAGCACCAAGCAAUGAGAAUGUCACCUUAUUUUUUGGUCGUUCCUGGCCAUAUAUUUUAUUUGUACCUCUCUCUGUAUGGUGUUCAAAGAGAACUAAAUCAAGAGUUUCCCUGUAGUUUGCUUCUCUCCUGCUUUUGCUUCUUUAAAGCUGAUGAUACACGAGGGAACUUUUUGAGCAACGAUGUUGGCCAACAGUCCUGAGCAUUGUUGUUGUGGCACUUUCCCAUUGAUAUCGGACAACAUUUUUAUUUUUAUUUUUAUUUUUUUCUGGAGAUCUUUAAUCGUCAGUGGGCAAAUUUUCAUGAUCAUCCAAUCAGGACACAUGGAACCAGUUGCGUAGUUGCCCAGCAACAUUGCUCAAAAAAUGUUGUCACGCGUAUCACCUUAAGGCUUGUCCUGUUUACAUACAGACAGACAUGUGAGCUAGAACUUGUAGUAUGCAAACUGUAUUAGUUAGAAAAGGAAAUAAACAAAAAUGCAUGUAAUGAAUUUGAAUCACAUUUAAUUGGCGGCAACACCUUUUGCAAUGCAAAGUCAAUAAACACAUACCAACUCAAUGAAAGAAAGUCAUGAGUAUGUUGCCCCAAUACCUCCAACAUGAAACAAUAGACAUUAUUGGUAAAAACUAAUUUGAAUUAGGAUCAUUACUAAGGCCACACUCUCGACACUGUGCAAGUGUGACUACCGACAGUAUGUGAUUUCUUAAAAUAUUUCUUCAUUUCAAAAAAAUAAAAUAUUCCAUCAUGUUGUGGAUUUGCUUAAUUCUAUUUCCCGUUCAGUUUCCCUUUUGUGUUUUCGUAUUGUCUUUUUUUCUUAAAUCUUUAAAUGGACGCAGAUACUGUAACUGUAAUAGAUAUACUUUUUUUUGUACAAUAUAAUAUUCUCAGUUCAUCAAGAAAUAACUAUGAAAUAACUUAAUUCUUCAAGUUUAAAAUUAGUUAAAAAUUAAAUUAGAUGUGUACCUUUAAAAUGUACCAUUCCCCAGAAAUAGCAGCUGAGGACAGAUAAUGAGAGGUAAGUAUUGCAACAUCUUUUUCCACCGCACAGCGUUUUCUACAUGACCUAUAGAUCCAUGAUGUGUCCUAUUGUGUCAUUACAUACAAUCCCAUCUCAUUCAGUACAUUGAUUUACACAAUACACAGAUGCAUCCCCCUCGGGACAACACAGCUGUUAUUGAUUGGCGGCUUCACAAGCAUCUAUCCAGUCACUGUACACAUCUACUGCCU